CCUCAUUAGCAUCUUCGAUAAUGGAAGUCUCGGAACUUGGAAAAACACUGAGCGCAGAAACGGAGACGACUGAUCUUAUGGAAUAUAAAAAGAUGAAGGUUGCUGAACUAAAGGCCGAGUUGGCUGUUCGUAAUCUGCCCACCGACGGGAUUAAAGCUGUGCUCCUGUCCCGCCUGUCCGCGGUAAUCAUUAAGGAGCAGCAGCAGAAGCAGCUACAGCAACAGCAGCAGCAGCAGCAGCAGCAGCAGCAGCAGCAGGAACAACAGGAGCAGGAACAGCAGAAGGAACAGCAGCAGGAACAGCAGCAGGAGCAGCAGCAGCAGGAACAACAGCAGCAGGAGCAGCAGCCGGAACAGCAGCAGCAAGAACAGCAGCAGAAGCAGCAGGACCAACAUGCAAUGGAAACUGAUAAUUUGGAAGAUGAUGUUGAACAUCCUAUGACCCUGCCUGAUGAAGAGAUUCUCGUCACAGCCGAGGAGGCAGCGGCGGUAAUCAAAGAACUAGAAGCAUCGCCAGAAAUUAAGCAACCCUCGUGCGAACCAGCAAUUACCACUGAAAACGCAAUUAGUCAAGCCGUUGACAAUGACGUAUCAAUGGAAGUUGAUGCUGACGAUGCCGCGUCAAUAAUGGCAAGUACUAAAGUAAAAUCGGAAAGCAAACCUACGAUUCAAAAGGUUAAGCUUAGUGAGAAAGAGCGCCAGCUGUUGGACAAACGGUACGUAUUGCCGGAGAAACCACACAUUAUUGUACAUCCGUCGCGUGUUGCUAAGUCGGGAAAGUUUGACUGCUCAGUUAUUUCCCUAUCGGUGUUGCUUGACUAUCGUCCGGAAGAUACGAAGGAGUACUCCUUCGAAGUAUCACUGUUCGCCGAGCUAUUUAAUGACAUGCUGGCUCGCGAUUUUGGCUUCAAAAUCUACAAAGAGUUGUGUUUGCUGCCUGCUGUGAAAAAAGAAGGCGAUAAGAAGGACGCCACUGCUGAUGUGAUUUCAAAAAGUGUUCCCGAAAGUGGCAAAUCAAACGGAGACGAUCAAAAAACAACAUCUGGAGAUAAGGGUGACGAUGGUAAGCGGGUUGGUGAUACGGAAGAGCGUGAUACACGUAAGCGUUCAACGCGCCAUCCUGCUGAAAGUGACGAGGAUCGUCUUGCAAAAGAGAAAGGUGUCAAACCGCACAUCAACACGGAUCUUCAGCUCUCGUUUCUCUAUUUUGACGUUACGCAUUGCGGUUACAUUUUUGAAAAGGAUUUAGAGGACAUCAUCUACACACUUGGCCUCAAUCUCUCCCGCUCGCAAAUACGCAAAAUAGUGGCCAAAGCGACCGUUCGCGAUACAUUGCACUACCGUAAAUUGACGGAACGCCUGCCAACCGAUCCAACGGUAGAGACGCUGGAAGAGACAGAAUCCGAACAAAAAAAGCUGCAAGAUAAUGAAGGCACUGGUAGUGAUGUCGCGCAUGUAGGCAUUGAAGAUGGUGCUGGAAAAGCAGUAUCGGACAAGAUCGUGACCGAAAUUACUCGUGGUAAUACGGACUACAAAAUGCAACUUAAACAAAGUCUGGAUCGUAUAGUAAAUGAGCCGGAGAGAGAGAAACAACAUAAUUCCGGCAGUAAUUCAAAGGAAUUAGAUACAGGAAAGAGCGAAGAAGCAUCUUCAAUGCAAAACGGCUUUGUCGAAUACAACGGUUCCAUCAUUGAUGUAGCGAAGCUGUUGGAACAACUGAAGCGCGCUGAGGCAGCACGGGAUACUACAGAGAAAUUGUUCCAGAUUUCGGAGAUUCAGAACGCCGAGUUGACGUCUAGCAACAACCAUGCCAACAGCAAAGUAAGAGAAUUGGUCGCCGAAACGAAAAACUUGACAAGAAAGUUGAUGGAUAUUGAGCAAACUGUGCGCGACAUUUCGAAAAAGAAUACCGAAUACUAUGCAAUUUUGAACACUGUUUACGACCGUGUGGGUGCCGUUGUACACAAACGUGAUCGUAAACGAUCCACUUCGACCGUAUCAUCCAAGCGAGAAAGCUCCAAGGAAAAAUCAUCAUCUACAGUGUCAUCCCGCUACAAGGAGAAAGAAUCUUUGCCAGAAAUAAAGAAGGAGGGAGAGAAAGAUAAAGAGAAAAAUAAGGUCAAAGAGGCGAGCGGCGGAAUAGUUGACGAGCCCCGCAAGGAGACUACCGAAGACACGAAAUUGGACACAACUGACCCGACCGUACCGCAGUCAUCUGGCAAUACAAGCACCGUAGCAAAUAAGAAACAAGAAUGAGCUAUCUUCGAGCUACGGCGCAAUGAUAGGUUUUAGUUAAUUCUGCGCAAAACAUUCAAUUUUAUAGAUAGGUUUAAGUUAAGAGCACAAUUGCGCCGCGCUUUGUUUUUCAUUUUAUUCACAUUCACAAACUAAUCCUGUAUUUUGGCAAAGGCAGUUAACGUUUCUUGUGUUGUAGAAGCGCAUUGCGACCAACAGCAGGUUCCGAUUAAUAAUUACUGAUUUAAAUUACUGUACUGUUAGUGUACUCGAAUAGAGGAGCGGUUCCCAACCACUAGCUUCUAUGGAGCAGAGCAGAUACGCACGGAGAGCGGAUCGGAACGGAGCAGAUGCGCACGGAACUUUCUAACAGCAUUCACCAUUUAAUUAAUCUCAGUAUUUGCAACAUCGCGCAUAACAAGGCAUGCUUACUGCUAGCCUUAGGAGAUAUUUUUUUCAUUUUGAUUUAACGUUUACUUGCAUGAUUUUUUAAGCUACGUGAAUGUACUGCUACGACUGUUCUGCGAACCUAUUGUACAAUAAACAAAAUACCUUUUUUAAUUUUUCUAAUUGUAAAUACCAAAAUCGAAAGCAAAAUAAAAUAAA